AAUCAUUCUCCUUCAAGACCUUCGGGACUUAGUAACCCCAUGACCCAACUGACAAUCAACAACCUUUAACCACAUGUCCACAUAGACAUACACACCCAAACUAAAAUGACCACUCGAUCAACUACAUCCUCAACCCCAUCUCCAUCUCCAUCUCCAACCUCCCACCCAACAACCACACCAAGAACCAAAACAUCAGGAACCACAAAUUGGCCCCUUACCCUCCGCACAAUCAAAAACCUCUAUACCUCUCACCACUACCGCCAAUGCAUCGCCCACGCAGCAGAACAUUUGUCUCUAACGGAGCAGCCGGUACAGUCAAGACUAUUUAUCCUAUCCUAUCUCCAUUCUACUUUUCUUUCCUGUCUACGAGAAUAUAUAUUACUUUGAAAUCUCUAUGAGAUCAUGUGCUAACAAGAUUGUCUUAAUGAUCGGAUGGUGUUUGUG